CCUUUGCCAAGUGACUACCGUGAUAAUGGAGGCGGAUGAGAUAGAGCUGAGCAAAGAUGAGCUCCGGAAUUGGAUCAAACAGAAGGUAAAGGUGGACAAGCUGAUCAAGUCCGAUAUGCUGGAGAAAUGCAUACUGAUUCAAUCUAUGCUGGAUCGGAAAAUAAAACGGGCUUCCGAAUUCCUGAAGCUCUGCGAGUCUGUGUUGGCACGUGAAGCCAUUGUGAGGAAACAAUACUCCUUGCUGGGGUUGGAAUAUAGAGACACUGAUUCAGAGGAUAAUGCUGAUUGUGAUGAGGACGAUAACAUAACAAGCUGUGGAACAUCAUCAACGCUGGAGAGCAGUGCAACACUUUAUGGAGGAAAUUCCAAAAAACCCUCUUUCAAGAAAGAACCAGUGGUGGUCUUGACCAGACUUUCUGAAAAUCAGAUGAAAACAUUUUGUCCUCCGACGCCUCUGGAUGACCACAGUGAAAAUGAAUCUUCCAGCUACUCGGAUUGUGAUGUGCUGUGGGAACCAAAACAGAAGUCCGAUGAUUCCGAUUCCGAUUCUGAUUCUCCCAUCUCAAGUAACAGGCCUGCUUCGAAAAGGAGAAGAAAAGGAGAUCAUAAGAACCAGAAACGUUCUCGAAUCAAAUCACAACAUGGCAGAAUUACCGUAGCUACGAGCAACGAAGGGAAGAUAUCAACACCCCAAGCAAGUGCCAAUACCGACGCUAAGAGUGCAGUAAUGAACACAUCAACACCACCAUCAAAAACCGAAGGAGCAAGCCUAGAACACAAAGUAACUGUUCCUUGCCAAAAGUCUGACCAAGUUACCGAGACUGCUCCCAGCGCGCCACUAGGAGGGAUCAGGGUUACCAUGAGUGUCCUGGCGAGAAGGAAGUCCAUGAGCUGGCAUCGGGGAAUAAUCCUCGAGGUGUUAGAAAGGGAAAAUGGACGGAUUAAAUACAAGAUCCAAUUUGAGAGCAAGCUGAAGAGCCUCGUCUCCGGCCACCACAUGGCCUUUGACUACAUGCCAAAAGUGGACGGGCUGAUUGUCGGCGCUCGUGUUGUGGUCAAGCAUCAGACUGAAGAGGGCCAGUUCUGCCCCGGGAUCCUGGCAGAGCUCCCAAACAGGAAAAACCGCAUGAGGUUCCUGGUCUUUAUGGAUGAUCACACGCCGCUCUAUGUGAACUUACCUAGACUUCACCUGGUGUGCAGACCAUUGACGGACCCCUUGGACGAUAUUCCAGAUGGCAGCCACAAGAGCUUCAUGCAGCGGUAUUUAAAGGCCUGGCCUUACCCGCCCCAGACACAGUACCGGGUUGGACAGUCCAUAAAUGCAGAAUUAAAUGGAAUAAUACAGAGGUGUACGGUGCAGACGGUCGACUCCAGCUUGUUUAAAGUUCUCGUUUCGACAGAUCAACAUGAGGAAUGGAUCUACCGAGGCUCCUCAUGCUUGGAACGCAUAAUCAAAAGACUUUAGUGUCAUCAGAUAAGUUGGCGCAGAAGAAUACAUCUUCUGUAGUUGCUGAAUCAUCAAAGGCAGCACCCUGAUGGAACAAGACGAUGUGUAAAGAGAGCUGUGUGCUCUCAAGAUGGCGGCCCCUUCAUUUAGUGAAAGGUGCUCUCCAAGGAUACGCUGGAACGUUUUUCAAGCUUACUGGGGAGAAUCCGCACUUAAGUUCCAGCUGAGCCGAUUGAGCAUUUACAUUGAGAACCAUAAAGAUUAUAGUAAAGUUCCAGAAGGGCUUACAGUAUUAGACAUCUGAUUCAUUGCCCUUGACCUGGUCAAUGCCCAUGCUGUUCAUGUGAACAAUGUCUGUGGAGAUCAUUCCUCCGACAUGCCUGAUAUAUUUGAUGCCUAUCAGAUAAUGUCACUGCAGAGAAUGUCUCUGUUUUCCUGGGGAAUGCGAUGGGCCUUGCAUAUGUUUUUAUGAAGAUGUAGACCAUUUAUAAUAAAUGUAUUUUAGUGUGUGAUAACUUAAUAAAAAUGAUAUGUUCAUUUCCAUCAA